UCUCGUUCACUGCCGCCCCGCGCCCGCGAUGCUCGCCCUGCGCCGUAGCCCCUGCCUCCUCGGCCUGCUGCCCGGCCCACGUCCCGCCUCGCUGCGCCUCCCCGCGGCCCGCGCCUGCAGCGGCGCGUCCUCUCCGCCCUCCGGAAACCCGCUCGUGUACCUGGACGUGGGCGCCGACGGGCAGCCGCUGGGCCGCGUGGUGCUGGAGCUGAAGGCUGAUGUUGUCCCAAAGACUGCAGAAAACUUCAGAGCCCUGUGCACUGGCGAGAAGGGCUUCGGCUACAAGGGCUCCACCUUCCACAGGGUGAUUCCAUCCUUCAUGUGCCAGGCAGGUGACUUCACAAACCACAAUGGCACAGGUGGCAAGUCUAUCUAUGGGAGCCGCUUUCCUGAUGAGAACUUCACACUAAAGCAUGUGGGACCUGGUGUCCUGUCCAUGGCGAAUGCUGGCCCUAAUACCAACGGCUCUCAGUUCUUCAUCUGCACCAUAAAGACAGACUGGCUGGACGGCAAACAUGUUGUGUUUGGCCAUGUUAAAGAGGGCAUGGAUGUUGUCAAGAAAAUAGAGUCUUUCGGCUCCAAGAGCGGAAAGACAUCCAAGAAGAUUGUCAUCACAGACUGUGGCCAGCUGAGCUAGUGCUGGCC